AUGACAACAUCGAGGUUCGGCUCUCCCAAGUUCGCCUCCUCUACCGAAGUGGCACGGGCAAGAAAGGCGAGCUGCCAAGACCCGGCAGGGCAAGAAAUCUGGAUCUGGAUCAAGGUCGAGUGUGUACCUUCCACCUGUGCCACUAUUGGAGCCGUUUCUGCAUUGUAUUUGAAGUAUGAGAAAGAAAAAGUGAGAGUGGCGGCCGGCGGCGAGAGUUCCAGUGCGGGAGAAAACCCAUUUACGCCGAAGGGUUAUGUGAUACGUUACUGGAAGAAACAAAUCUCUAAUGAUUUGCCAAAGCCAUUGUUUUUACUCAAUAAAGCUUCACCGUUGGACUCUGUGCAAUUUGCGGCUAUUUCUAAACUAGCUGAUCAGAACUCACUUUCAACUCAUCUCCCCGAGUUCUGCGCCAAGGCUAAUCUCCUCUGCUUUCCCGAUUUAACGUCGAGCCUUGAGAAGCACGACGGGAAUGUGAACUUUGCUGCUUACAACGACAGGAAUUUCACAAACUAUGGCACGGGUCGACUCGGCGGGGUUGACUCAUUUAAGAGCUACUCCGACGGGGAAAAUAUUCCUGCGAAUACUUUCCGGCGGUAUAGCCGUGACUCCGCCGGACAUAACGACAAAUUCAAUAGUUACGCAAACAAUGGUAAUGUGCCGGACGAAAGCUUCAACACGUACGGUACCACCGCGACUGGCGGCGUUGGCGACUUCAGCAACUACAACCACGAUGUCAAUGUUCCUAAUCUCCGUUUCACUUCUUAUUCCGACAACGGCAAUGGCAGGGAACAAACUUUCACUUCUUAUUCCGAAGACGGAAAUUCUGGCGAUCAAAAAUUCACCAACUAUGGCAAAAACGCCAAUGGCGCCGCCAAUGCCUUCACCAGCUACGGCAAAGAGUCGAACGUGAUUGGCUCAACCUUCACCAAUUACGGUCAAAGCGGCAAUGGCGCAAAUGACAGUUUCACUUCAUACGGAACUAAUACAAAUGUCCCGGAGAACACAUUCAAGAAUUACGGCACUGACGGCAAUCUUCCAGUGGAGAUUUUCAAGAGUUACAGAGACCAUUCCAGUGUCGGAGAUGACAAUUUUCAAACCUAUGGCAAGGGUUCCAAUGAUGCAACUGUGGAUUUUGAGAAUUAUGGGCAAUCAUUCAAUGAAGGCACCGAUAAAUUCAAUAGUUAUGGCAAAGAUACUUUUGGUGAGACAGUUGGGUUCAAAAUUUAUGGAGUCAAUAAUACCUUCAAGGAGUAUACGAAAAAUGGUGUCACAUUUGCUCGUUAUAACGAAAGUACCACGGCGGCGGGGCCGACAUCGGCCACUUUGGCGGCUGAGAGUGGCAAAAAGGUAAAUAAGUGGGUUGAGCCAGGCAAAUUCUUCAGAGAAGAGAUGUUGAAAGGUGGGAAUGUGAUGCCUAUACCCGACAUACGGGAUAAAAUGCCUAAAAGGUCGUUUUUGCCCCGGGCAAUCUUGUCGAAAUUACCCUUUUCGACCUCCAAGCUUGGAGAAUUGAAGAAAAUUUUCCACGCAGGUGCUGACGAUUCUAGCAUGGCUAAAAUGUUGGCUAAUUCACUGAGCGAGUGUGAACGAGCCCCGAGCCCCGGUGAGACGAAGCGGUGUGUGGCCUCAAUUGAGGACAUGAUCGACUUUGCGACCUCCGUGCUAGGGCGGAACGUGGUAGUCCGGACAACUGAAAACACUCGAGGGUAUAAUAGUAACAUCAUAAUCGGGAAAGUCAAAGGGAUCAAUGGUGGAAAAGUCACACAGUCAGUGUCUUGCCAUCAGAGUCUAUUCCCAUACUUGCUCUAUUACUGCCAUUCAGUUCCCAAAGUCCGGGUCUACGAAGCAGAUAUUUUGGAUCCGAAUUCUAAGUCCAAGAUUAAUCAUGGUGUUGCCAUUUGUCAUUUGGAUACCUCUUCUUGGAGCGCCGAUCAUGGAGCCUUCAUUGCAUUGGGUUCGGUUCCGGGUAAGAUUGAAGUUUGCCACUGGAUCUUUGAGAAUGAUAUGACUUGGACAAUUGGUGAUUGA